UCUCUCUCUCUUUCUUUUAUAAUACUUAUUACCAGGCACUUUCUCUUCUAUAAUCGCGCAUAGCUCUCUCCGUCUUCUUCCCAUCUCUGUGUGUGUGUGUGUGUGUGUAUAUACACACACAGACACAUAUAAACAUUCAUAAACAUCUGUCCGCAAGAUUCAAAAUUUCGCACCAGAUAAAUGUGGAUUUUUUGAAGCUUCCGUGUCGAUAUUUGAUGCUGUAUAUGGUGUGGACCCAAAUAUAUUAAGUCAGAGACAGAAAGGCUUAUUUUACGUUUGGGAAGUCGUCAUGUCUUAUAAUAUCACUGAAGCUUCUGAAGGUAGAAGAAGAGAGAUGGUAAUGGAGGGAGAGAUGUAUAGGAUCUUUAAGGUAUGGCUUACAGUAUUUACGUCUCUGUGUUAUUGCUAUCUUGUAGGGAAGAUGACCGAGAAAGGGAGGGUUAGGUUGAUUUGUGUCCUUCCAAUUGUAGGGUUGUUUCUUCUUCUUCCUCUUAAUCUGAAUUCUAUUCAUGUUGGAGGCACCACAGCUUUUUUCAUUGCUUGGCUCGCGAAUUUCAAGCUUUUGCUUUUCGCUUUUGGUAAAGGGCCUUUGUGUACGGACCAUUUUGUAUCUCUAGGUCGAUUUGUUGCCGUUGGGUGUUUGCCUAUAAAAGUGGUUGUACCACAGGAAAAACAAGUUUCAGCAGGAAAAGUUAGCCUGAUCAAUGGUGGAAACAAACAGAACCCACCUUUAAAAUCACGGCUAAAAAGCCGUAAGUCACCUGCAAACUAUGCAGUGAAGUGCCUGCUUUUGGCUAUGAUAAUACGAGUAUAUGAUUACAGCGAGCAUCUCCAUCCAAAACUCAUUUUAGUCCUCUACUCCUUUCACAUAUACUUCACGCUAGAGAUCAUUCUAGCCGUUGUUGGUGCUUUGGCUAGAGCGCUACUAGGCAUAGAGCUGGAGCCACAAUUUGAUGAACCCUACCUCUCCACAUCACUGCAAGAUUUCUGGGGAAGAAGAUGGAACCUCAUGGUCACCGGUAUCCUGCGCCCCACCGUAUACGAGCCCACCCUCCGUUUCACCGCGCGUUUCGUGAGUCGCCGAUGGACCUCCAUUAUCGCCGUUAUGAUGACCUUCACGGUCUCCGGUCUCAUGCACGAGCUGGUCUUCUUCUACCUUGGGCGCGUGAGGCCCACGUGGGAGAUCACGCUGUUCUUCCUCCUCCACGGGGCCUGUUUGGUGGCUGAAAAUUUAAUGAGGAAGAGCGUUCUGCCGGCAGUAACGGGGGGAAGGUGGCACAUUCCGAAGCUGGUGUCUGGAGUCUUAAGCAUUGGGUGGGUGAUUUACACCGCGUUCUGGCUGUUCUUCCCGCCGCUUCUCCGAUCCCGGGCUGACGACAGGGCGUUUGAGGAGUACGCCGCCGUCUGCGCGUUCUUGAAGAAUGUCGGCAAGGCUUUGAACAGUUGAGAUUCUGGUGAACUUCAUCUCUCUUUGUAAAUUUUUAUUUUGUGGUGGAAAACACAGUCCUAAGAAGUAAGUAAAUCUGACGGCCAUGAUUCGCCAUCUGAAUUAUUUUAUUGUGGGGGACUUGAAUGGAUCUCAUUUGGCAUUGAAAGAAAUGAACGGAAAUUUAGAGUGAA